AUGGAGCGCGUCAAGCCUGGAGGUCGACUGUCAUCCAGAUAUGUUUUUUUUAACUUGGUUCAUUUUUAUUUUAUAGGUUGCUGGUCGGCUGGUGGGAGAGCUGCCCGGUCCCCAGGUGUGACGACUCCCCACUUCGUCACAUCAAACAAAUUGGGGGAGAAAUUCCAGUCCCCGAAGCCGGCCCACCCACCGGACUACGACUCCCUAAUUGCCAAGGUCAGCGGGGAUUUCGGCAUCAAAUCUGCCAUCGUGAGGGCAGCAAAGCAGGAUCCCGAAUACAAGGGAGUCGAAACAUUGGUCGUGCCCCUGUACAUUCCUAAGGGCGCUGUGCCCAUCAGACUUGCCAGGAUACCCAGGAGUGGGGGUGACAAUGCAAAACCUCAGCCCAGUGAUCCGAUAGGAGCGUUCAAUCGGAGAACGCGACUAUCGUCCAUAACUAGCAAAAGACAAGGAGGACCUCGCAGAGGUUCUCACCCCACCCCACCUCCUAGUUACUUGCGAGGUUGGGGCCGUCGUAUCCUGCCUAAAGCCGAUGCGAGAAUUGGCCUGCAGGGGGACUCUGAAGUCAGCGAGUCCCAGACAUUGGACUUGCCUGAAUUGAUCAGAUCCAAAAAGAAUCAGAACAGUCGUAUUGUGCACUUCGUCAAAACGACAGCCGCAGAUGACCUCUCGAGCAGCACCGAGUCGACCCUAAGAACGAGUAGACCGUCCACUACAACGGAGGUCGUGCAAAUAUUACAAUUAAGAAGAGGUUCAACCACGAAGCCUGUCCUUCCAUCGGAUGAUAUUUCUCCAAGUUCUGGUAUCAAUGGCGUGGAGAAUACAUCGCAUUCACCGACCACAGACUUAUUUUUUUCUAAUACGUCCGUACGUAUUCCAAUAUUUAAUUUAAAAUCGAUCGCAAGUUCCUCCAGUUUUAGAACAUCUGUGAUCAAUCAUCAAGAAAACAAUUCAUCGUCCGCCGAGAAGACGACCGAUCAAUCUGAUGUUAAACCUCAGCGACGGCCUCUUCCUUUGCCAAAACCUAUGAAGGAAAUUUUGCGAACCUCUUCGUCCGAAUCAUCGCCAGCCAGUCCUGCUGGCGAGGUCGACAAAAAUACGAAUACUUCAACGAACAGAAACAUUUCUGAAUCGUUGCUUGGCUGGCAAGCUGUCUCUACCAAUGAACAAUCAACAGAAGGUAGAGGCGAAACUCAAAAUAAAGACAAUGAGAAAACGCUUUCUAACGCUUCUAAGCGCCGUUUACCAUUCCCCCUUCGAAGCCCAAUUUCGAAUCGUUCAAAUCCUUUAAACGAAGAGAAGAAUGAGAAAAGCAGAAGCUCGGAAAUUUUUUCUAAUUUUAGGCUACCAAUUAACGAGACGAAAUCGUCGCAGAAUGUAAGUAGUACUGUUGAAAUGAUCCCAAGUUUAAACUCCUCUAUUUUAAAUUCAUCCGGCGAGUUGAACUUGAAAAGCAGUUUUGAAAUAAAUACUGCGACAUUAGACGGAAGUCAAUCUUCGUCAGUGCCCAUACCUGUACGAAGACGACGACCUUUAAGAACUAAAAUCCUAUUGCCAGAUACCGAAAAUCCACCGGGAUUUCCUUCUUUAUCUUCCAUUUCGACUACCAAAGCCUCGACUCUUCCUUUAACUCGAAGACCCAACAGUUAUUUCCAGUCAAACGCUUCCAAUAAUACAAUCGAAAUAAUAAGUUCCACAACAUAUCCACCAGCUUCUAACAUUCCUGGAAAUUCAUCUGCUCCGGUCGACGGAACUUCGAAAGCUGAGAAAGUCGACACCAACGCUAGCGUUCAAUCGUCUGGUGUACGCAGAAUUCAUGACUUUUUCCGCAUGUCUCUUGGACGGAACAAACAAGAUAAUAUUAAUGUAACGAGUUCAACAGAAACACCUUACAGGUAUAAUCCUUCUAAAUUCCACUUGAGAACUACGUCUCGGCAACCCGGUAUUGCAUCCACGCUCGGGUGGCCACGACACAAUGGAACCGAUACAUCAAUUAUUUCGCCUCCCCGGGCUUCUGCACUCACCACUCCGACUCCGUCUUUCAAAACUCCAGCAGAUAUUGUCUUGGCUGGCUUUUCUGAUGUCAUGAGGGCUUCCAGCAGUGUCAGUAAAGACAGGUUCCGAGAGAUCACUUCUAACCUCGACAAACUCAACAAGCAAUUGGCAGAACAGGGAAUUUUGAUCAUCCAUGCGGAAGUCGAAGGUAAGAUAAUUAAGUUGAGGAACCUUACCAGGAGCCGUAAUGGAACCUCAAUUGAAACGUAUGCUCGGCCCACUAUUUUAGACAGUUCAGACGAUUACAAAGAAACUGAGCGUGAAAGUCAGCAAGAUCAGUCACUUGCAGACGCAGGCGACUUGUCCACUACGACAUUCAUGCCGUCCGAUAAAUUAGAAUAUGAACUCGCAUUGAAAGAUGGUAAUGAAGUGGAAAAAAAUAAUCGUCACUCCUUAUCUUCUUAUUAUAACAUCAAUCUACGAGUCCCCAAUGAUUCGUUGAAUGAAGUUUCUACGACAAAGCAAAAUAAGAAUCAAGGAGACACGACGAAAAAACCUGAAUUGCAGUCGGAGGAAGCAAGGAUUGGGACGGAAAAGCCAGAGAAAUUUUCUUCGGAAACAGAGUAUUUCAAAGCGACGGACUUGCGAAGCAUUUCUGUCGAGGUAACGUCUACUGCACUUCCUCCAACGGAGCUAAUUGACAUGAACGCCGAUCUACUGGUUCCCUCAUCUUCCCCUCCUACCCCAUCUUUGAGCUCUCGAAUCCAGCAAUCGAGUUCGCAGCCGACAACCAGGAUCCCGCGCAUUGACAAUGUAGUAACUGAAGACGAGCCCAGCGAAGAGAAUAUAAAAAGCGGUGAAGAGCAGAACUUGCUCAGUGCACUUCUGAAGCCGAGAAUAAGCAAUCAAACUCCCCCGAGUAUCGAUGGGUUGUCUGAAAGCAAAGAAUCGCUUUCAGGAGACGAAGAAAUCGAAGAUAAAGUGAACCACAAACAAGUUAUGUUGAUAGAAGAGCUCCUCUUUGACGAAGUCAAGACCGAAAAUACCGCAGGAAGUACCUCCGUGUACACCGAAGACUCUGGCGGCACCAGUGAAGGUGCUGCUGGAAGUUCCUCCGUGUACCUCGUAGGCAUGGUGGGUAUAUUCCCGCUGGCGCUGGUGGCGGCGUACGUGGUUCGGCGGUUCCUCAGAGGCGACGCGCAUAAGAAGGCUUUGCCGGAGUCCGAAGAGCGGCCGGACGGCUUCACGCCGCCCACACACCACGUGCCGCGCUCUCAUUCCAUGCUGCCCCCUCUGCCCGAGCUGAAGCUGACCAGUCCUUUAUCCUCAUCGACCCUCACCCUCCCCAUGGGGAGCGACGUCGCCUCCAGCCACGGACUCCCCAACACACAGCCUUCCCCAACCCCGUGGGAGUUUAACCGAUCCCAGCUCAAGAUGGUGUCCAUCUUAGGGGAAGGAAACUUUGGAGUGGUGUGGAAGGCAGAGGCCCGUGGGUUCUGCGACUACGCUGCAGGAGGCGUCCUGGUGGCAGUCAAGCGCGUCAAGGAAGGAGCGGGGGCGAAGGAGAAGCAGGAUCUCCUCAGGGAGCUGAGCGUCAUGCAGCUCCUCGGCCCCCAUCCCAACGUCGUGUCCCUGCUCGGCUGCUGCACCCAGAACGAGCCGCACUUGGUGAUCAUGGAAUACGUGAUGUUCGGCAAGCUGCUGACGUUCCUACGCGACCACCGCACGCGUCACAAUUACUUCAACUUCUCGUCAGACACGGCGGCUCUCACGUCACGCGACCUUACGCGCUUUGCUUGCCAGGUCGCCACAGGCUGCGACUACUUACAGUCUAGAGGGGUUAUCCACCGGGACUUGGCGGCUCGCAAUAUCCUGGUGGAUCACAACAAAGUCUGCAAGAUCGCUGACUUCGGCAUGGCGCGGUGCAUCCAGGAUAUUGGCUCCGACAUCUACGAGCAGAAGAGCAAGGGGGCGCUACCAAUCCGCUGGAUGGCCCCUGAGAGUCUCUACAUGAACAUAUUCACUCACAAGAGCGACGUGUGGAGCUUCGGCAUCUUGUGUUGGGAGAUCGUCACCUUGGGAGCGACUCCAUACCCCGGGUUGACAGCCAGAGAAGUGAUGAGGCAGGUCACAGAAGGCUACAGACUGGAGCGCCCCGACCACUGCAAGCCAGAGCUGUACCGCCUACUGGCAACCUGCUGGCAACAAGAUCUCAACAAGCGACCAACCUUCCAUCACCUCAAGAUCGAGCUGAGCACAUUGUUGGAACACCAAACAGGAUACAUCGACCUCGAGAACUUCCCCGAGGACGACUAUUUCUCCAUGCAACACAACAACGACGAGAAGCUCUGAUCGAAUCGAGAGGGCUGUAAGUAAACGAACGAAGAGCGUAAACUGCGUAAUUUUCGAGUGCGUAAUCGGAUCGACACAAGUCAAAAUAUCAGCCGUCUGAAGAAUACUUUUUACCGCCAAACGAACAGACAAAUAUCAUUUUAUCGUAAUUUUAAAAAUGGACUUUUUUCCGUCCGCAAAGAAAUCAAAUAUUAUUUUCUCAGACGAACAUACGUCGUAUUUUGGAAUAAGUAAAACCUGUAUUUUUUCAUUUUCUUAAGCAAGCGAGAUAAUAUUGUAUCAUUAUAGCUCAGAUAAAAUAUCAGUCUUCAAAUUAUCUGGCAGGACACCAGCGGAUCAACGUUAGUAUUAAGCAAUACGCCACAGUUUACGAACAUAUUAAAUGAAGUGAGACCAGCGCGCUACUGCGCUAGGUGACGAGUGUGGCGAGUUAUGUUGUGUACAACGAACAUCUCGAUGCGAAACGAAUCAUUUUAGUCAUACUUUUAUGUUUAUUAUUAAACUCAGUAAUUAAUUUGAGUUAUUUUUAUAGUUGAUGUUGAAACCGAAUGGUUUUGUCGAAUGAGUUUAACGACUGCGUUGCAAGCUUUUGUUAUUUUUUAGGCAUUGCCUGCUUUUUUGUUCGCUUCGAUUUAUGCAUCGUGUGGUCAAGUGAACAGAUUUUUAUUCAUUAUUUUACAGUAGCGAAUUCGGAUUUUGCGUCGUCUCGAGAACCACAGGACUAAUAGCAUGAUCAAUAAUCUCACUAAAAUUGAUAAUAAAAAUAUUACAAGACAAAGUUCGAGCAGUUGGACAAAUUUCCUGAAGUUCUCUCGACAAGAAAGACUCGUGAUACACUAGGUGCAAAACAGCGCUGUGAGCAAUCAUGUCUCUGUGCUCUUAUUUAGGCUCGAAACCUACAAAUUCUCUUCCAAUAGCAAGCGCUUGCCAUCGAUCCGAUCAUCAGUUUGACAUAUUUAAUUUCUUACCCAAGAGGUGGACGUGAAAUUACACGAGUCUACGGGUUAACACGUUGACUACGAUUGCUUCAUCUUGUACUAUUAUUUCAUUUUUU